CACCAGGAGCACAGGGAUGAACUGCUGCUCAUGCGUAGCGGUGUGAUGGACAGUGCCAAAACACUGGGUGCGAGCGGAGCAUCCAUUUCCUUACACAGUCUUCCUUCAGCUUGCUCUUGGAGUCUCUUUAAAGGGUCUCUGAAGAAGCAAAAAGUCUUGAAUUGCCGCUCUCUACUCCUCACCAAUAAUCGUACUUUUUCUUACCACUCGAUCAGGAAGAGAAGUAUAAUUGGUAAAAUAUUUGCUGGGGAAACUUUUGCGGUUUCUAAGAUGGCUGGGAAUAGGAGAAAUGAAACUUCAGAUGAGAGAUCUGGGAAUAUGAUUUUUGAGCCUAUUCUAGAGGAAGGAGUCUUCCGAUUUGAUUGCUCUGCAGAAGACCGGAAUGCAGCAUAUCCAAGUUUUUCUUUCGUAGAUCAGAAGGCAAGGGAGACACCCCUUACGAGUGGUCACAAAGCUCCAUUAUAUACUCCUACUUUUCAAUGUGUAAUGGGGCAACAAAUCGUCAACAUUAAGCUUCCACUAGGUACUUCAUUCUAUGGUACAGGAGAAGUUAGUGGCCAGCUUGAAAGAACGGGUAAAAGGGUAUUCACCUGGAAUACUGAUGCGUAUGGUUAUGGUCCUGGGACUACCUCCUUGUAUCAAUCACACCCUUGGGUGCUGACUAUUCUUCCCAGUGGAGAGGCACUGGGGGUUUUGGCAGAUACAUCACUGCGAUGUGAGAUUGACUUGAGAAUAGAAACCAAUAUCAAGUUCAUUGCAGCGGGGCCAUAUCCUGUUAUUACAUUUGGCCCCUUCGCUUCUCCAACGGAUGUUCUUGUAACUUUGUCACAUGCAAUUGGGACUACUUUUAUGCCUCCAAAAUGGUCAUUGGGUUAUCAUCAAUGUCGUUGGAGUUAUAUACCUGAUGCACGAGUUUGUGAGAUAGCAAGGACAUUUCGUGAGAAAAAAAUUCCUUGUGAUGUCAUAUGGAUGGACAUAGACUACAUGGAUGGUUUUCGGUGUUUCACAUUUAACCAGGAGCAUUUUUCUGAUCCAAAAUCCCUUGUGCAUGAUCUUCAUCAAAGUGGUUUCAAAGCCAUUUGGAUGAUUGAUCCUGGCAUUAAGUGCGAAAAGGGUUAUUUUGUCUAUGACAGUGGAUGUGAAAAAGAUCUUUGGAUUCAAACAGCUGAUGGCAAGCCUUUUGUGGGUGAUGUGUGGCCUGGACCUUGUGUAUUUCCCGAUUUCACACACUCAAAUGUCCGGUCAUGGUGGGCUGGUUUGAUUAAAGAUCUCGUCUCUAAUGGUGUUGAUGGAAUAUGGAAUGAUAUGAACGAACCAGCUGUUUUUAAGACUCUAACAAAGACAAUGCCUGAAACCAAUAUUCAUAGAGGAGAUGAUGAAUUUGGAAGCAGACAAAAUCAUUUGUAUUACCACAAUGUCUAUGGCAUGCUGAUGGCCAGAUCUACAUUUGAAGGGAUGAAGCUAGCUGAUAGUAAUAAGCGACCCUUUGUUCUAACACGAGCAGGAUUUAUUGGUAGCCAAAAGUAUGCUGCAACAUGGACAGGAGAUAAUCUCUCCACAUGGGAGCAUCUUCACAUGAGUAUCUCCAUGGUUCUAAACCUGGUAAUUGAAAAUGAUGUGUUAUUUAAAGCUUGCCAACUUUUCUAUGCAAUUAUUCUCUAGCAUGAACCAAGGGAUAAACCAAGUUGGUGUUUAAGAGAUAUUACACACUCUUAUCUUAACUUGGGGUUAAGUCUAGAACUUAAUUAAGAUAUAACACACUUAAUUAAAUAUCUAGAACCUAAAACUCACACUUAAGAUAACCACUCUUAAGAUAUAGAUUUAGGAAUUUAAAUAGCAAACACAACAAGUGUAUUACUAAAUGGAAAAUGGAAUU